AUGUCCUGGUGGGACUACGGCUACCAGAUCACUGCAAUGGCCAAUAGAACCGUUCUUGUGGACAAUAACACGUGGAAUAAUACUCAUAUUGGCCGAGUAGGCCAAGCAAUGGCGUCACCAGAACCCGAAGCCUAUGAGAUCAUGCGCGAGCUCGACGUGGACUACGUUCUCGUUAUAUUUGGCGGCCUCAUUGGACAGUCUUCAGAUGACAUCAACAAGUUCCUCUGGAUGGUGCGCAUUGCCGGGAGCACAGAAAAAGGGAAACAUAUACGGGAAGAUGAUUACUUCAACAAACAGGGCGAGUUUCGGAUAGACAAGGAAGGCGCUCCCGCCCUUCUAAACUGUUUACUCUAUCGAUUAUCAUUCUACCGGUUCUCCGAA